AUGGCUGGCCAGCCCGCCGCCUAUACUCGCAUCCGUCCACUCACCCGCGCACCCACUCCACCCGCCACCCGAGGGACCGUCCACUCCGAGAGCAAGAUCGUGCCGCUCAAACAGGCCUCAGCCAAAUUCGGCGCUAAGCUCGUCAUCGAGGGCAUCGCCAAGCCGCGCCCGCACACACUGAACGCCAUCGAGCCCGACGAGCAGAUCAUCCUCGCGAUGAACGGCACGUUGCGCAUCCUCGAGCCCACGCUCGCGUUCGAAACGUCUGUCAAGCACGCCGUCUACGUUUCCACAUGUGGUGUGAUCUGCGAGCUCGGGACGACACCACGGCAGUUCUCGGAGACGGACUAG